AUGGAGGUUUCUGGCCGGAAAAUGGACCCUGAAAUAUCUGCAAGUUCGGCGGAAGUGACGCCCCUCUGUGAGCCAUGCCGGUCCGACGGCAAGGAAUUGGAGGCCCAUGGAUUCUGCAACAACUGUAAGGAGUACAUGUGUCCAUCAUGCAUUCAAUACCACGGAAAACUGAUGGCCACGAAACAUCACAAUGUUCUUGGGAAACAGAAAAUGCCUACUCAUGAUUCUUCACGUAAAAAGGCUGCAGACGUCUCGUGCUUAGAGCUUUGCCAAAACCAUCCAUCGGAAGCAAUCAAGUUUUUCUGUCCAGCACAUGCGCAGUUAAGUUGCGGGGAUUGUAUUGUUCUAGACCACAGGUCCUGCACGGUUGAUUACAUACCGGAAGUCGCGCCUUCUUUCACAGCAAGCAACGAUUUCCAAAUAAUAGUAGACAAGUCGGCGAGGUUCGACAAAGAUUUAAAAAAAUGUGAUGAAAAACUCAACGUCAGUGAGCAGUCGGUGAUGGACUUAAGCAUUAUCGAACUUAAAAAAAUACAAGAUUUUAGGCUCGAAAUCAAUGAAUAUCUUGACAAACGAGAAAAGAUACUCAUAGAAUCCAUGGACAGUACAAGAAAGAAAGACACAGCCAUUAUACGGAGAUUGCAAGAAGAUAUAAAUGCUUUGAAAACAACACUAGCUGAGACUAAAGCUGGACUAAAGGCGCAGAACAAGAACGCUAACCAGCUCUAUGUAACAGCCAAACGUACAGAGAAGCUGUUCAAAGAAUUGGAAAGUUUGAUAAAGAAAGUAGAGACGGGCAACCUUAUGACGCAAUACAAAUUCAGUCGAGAUAAAAAGACCGAAGACUUGUUGUCAUGGGAAGACGCAAUCGGGAAGGUUGAUACACAGACGAGAGAAGCAAAACGGAUCGAGCUGGAACAAAAACUAUACGACCUAAGAAAAUUUAACGAAGAAUCAAUGAUGAGGGGGACACGGGAUCAACAAGCGGUAAAAUGGAAAUUUUGGAAGGCAAAUCUUGAUUUUGAUUAA